UCGUCACCAUCACGAUGGCUACGGCUGCUCUUCUGCGUCUUCUGGUGGGUGUCUUUUUCGGUUUUGUGGCAAUGGAAGCGCGACCGAGCCAGUUUCUCGCUCCGCUUGGGAGUCGCAUUUUCGGUUCAGCUGCGGGCGAGUUCGGAGGUGUUUUCUGGCCAACUAAAGGAUACUUCGAAAGGAAACUCAAGAGAUUGCUGCGCUGUUUGGAAACCACAUCUUAAAUACCUCAACGACAUGAAUAUUUUACAACCCAAGUUCUGGAAAAAUAGCUAAACCAAAUAUUACGAACAUAAAAGUGUUUAAAUUCUACUAGCGAACGGAAUUACAAUGGACAAAAGUUCUUUAUAGAAAAGGAGUUUACUGGAAGAUCUAAUUCCAUUUGAACAUACAAAUUUUGUGAUAUAGUGAACGUAACGUUUGGAAACCAGUGAGAAUUAACAGAUUUAAGAAUUCUGAAGAACGAGAUUCUAGAGAUAGUCAGAAGCAAGCGAAGUACUACAGCCUGAGCAAAUUGUAUUACCCGCUCCAUGUUUGCAAUACCGCCAUGUCAGGAUACGUGAGCCGGGAUUUCAAUGGGCUGCAGUUUCUGCUGGCCAUGUGUUCUCUGCUGCAGGUAACCCUCUGCCAGCCGUAUCAGCUGCCCCACCGCUGCUCCAACCGGCUGGAGAAUGCGCUGGAGCACAUGCGUCGACGCAGUGUCCAGACCAAGAGCUCAUCCGCAUCGCGAGCCAUGUGGGAGCCGCCACCGCAGAGUCCGUACCAGUUGUACCACAGUUUCUACGGCCAGCACAGCGAUCCGGAGGACGACUUCUACAAUGUGGGUGCCUACAGCAGCGGACGUGGCUAUCACGCCAAGCUCCUGCACCGAAAUGGACAAGCCCAUCCCUUCUCCGAUUCGAGCAGUGCUCUGGAACUGGAAGAUUUGCUGACGGUCAACCAACAGAGCCAGCAGCACAGACAGCCCCACAAACUGACCAUUUCCCGCGUGGAUGUGGAGGAUCUCAAGGUGCGAGUGCCGCCGGCGAAGGCCGCCAACCGUUGGGUGGAGAUCGACAAGUGCAAGUUCAGCACGGAGAACUCCACGCUGGACACCCGCCUCAUCUUUCCGGAUCUUACGCUCAGUGGCAAGGUGGUGAUGCAGCCGAUGGGUGGAAAGUGCCACAUGAUUUUGAGACUGCGACACGCGGGCAUCGAGUUUCGAACAGUUCCACUGGGAUCGGGACACUCCACCAACUACGAGCAGUCCCGGAGACUGGGAGCCGCCUCGGUGCGCACGGAUUCCCACUUCGCAGAGCCCGGAUUCAUAUCCGUCUUUGCUCAUGGUUGCCAGGGACCCACUGGGAUCCGGCUGCGCCAGAACUCCAAGCGGAGAUUCGGUAGUGCUCCGGAAGUGGAACUGGGCGAACCGCAUGUGAUUCUGGGCAGCAAGAGACCGCAGAGGUGGGGCAAGUACCAUCAGCAGGCGGGCUACGAUAUUCGCCAGGAUCGGGUGCCCCAAAGAACUAAGGAACACAGCCUAGAGCUGGGCAGCGAUAGCCAGGCACAGGACUCGGGUGAGUUCAUCGAUGUGAACGGGGACAACUUCUACCGGCGGCAGUUCAGCAAGAAGAGGCGACGCCGGCGGCGGUACGCCAAGGAGAACUUCGAGGACCAGGUGAACUUCAGCCAGGAUGUGCUGCACUUCGAGGACGAGCAGCUGCAGCAGCUGGUGGAGCCGGAUGCCAGAGCCUUUGCAGAUAUCUUCAGUGGGAGCGGCUCUAAGCCCAAUGGAGAUCGCGAGGAGCUAGUGGGCGAUGCCAUGUCCCACGAGCUGGAGAAGCUCUUCUCCAUGGGCGUACGUGGCCUGCUGACCACCUACAUGCAGCGGGCGCUCCAGCCGGCCAUCAAGGAGACCCUCAUGGAGAACAUGGGCUACACCCUCAGCUAUGGCUAAGACCACCACCUCCAAGGACUCCUAGUUUAAGUCCUAUUUAUGUACGUGCGAUGCGGUUGAAAUAAAAGCUUUAAGCGAAUCUUA